CAGGCCCUCCCCCGAAUGAAAAUAGCCUGCUUCCAAUCCGGUCUAAGGUUAGAAGCCAUAAAACAGCACACUGUGAUUUUGAAUGACGUGACGGACAAGUGAAAUGGUUUUAUUAGACAGAAUAGGACCGGCCGUGGAGUAUUGUAGUUGAAGUAAUCAAUAUUUCAAGAAGGUUUUGCGACAACUGCGCUUUCCACACAGGACUACUGGUUUGACGCGGAAGGAUCUUUUCUGACUGGAGCUGACGUUGGAAGUGGGGAAAAAGGCGCUUUCUACAUCCGCAUAUUUACUCUCGAAGUAAUCCGUGUUUUACCGUCGGUGCUUGGCUUGUCUUCUUGGCCUCUGCUUUUAUUUAGAUGGCAAGCUUCCCAGACACUAUAAACGAAAAUGAUAUAGGUAAGGCUAAGUUCAUUGGUGAACUCCUGGUGCCUGUUGCUCCCUUUGACCAGAAGUCAGGGCGCGAGACGUGGACAGUAGCCUUUGCGCCCAAUGGUUCUUACUUUGCGUGGUCUCAGGGGCAUCGUAUUGUCAGGCUUAUUCCCUGGACAAAAUGUCUGACAAACUUUUCUAUGAGCCAGGUUGGAGAGGGCACCAACGCUUUAAGCCCCCGACACUUUUCCCGUCAGAACAGUGAUGGAGGUCAGCUAAUACAGACAGCGGGCGAUCCCCGAGAGCACACGAUUGACUGCGGUGACAUUGUCUGGGGUUUGGCCUUCGGCUCGUCUGUGCCCGAGAAGCAGAGCCGCUGCGUGAACAUUGAAUGGCACCGGUUUAAAUUCGGCCAGGACCAGUUGUUGCUGGCAACUGGCCUCAACAAUGGUCGCAUAAAGAUCUGGGAUGUUUACACAGGAAAGCUGCUGCUAAAUCUGAUGGAUCAUUCUGACAUAGUGCGAGACUUGACCUUUGCUCCAGAUGGCAGCCUCAUGCUGGUCUCUGCAUCCAGAGACAAGACUCUCCGCGUGUGGGACCUCAAAGAUGACGGUAACAUGGUGAAGGUUUUGCGGGGUCAUCCGAACUGGGUCUACUGCAGCGCCUUUUCCCCUGACUCAUCCAUUCUGUGUUCGGUUGGAACAGGCAAAGCUGUGUUCUUAUGGAAUAUGGAUAAAUACACGUUGAUCAGAAAGUUGGAGGGGCACCACAAUGACGUGGUGUCUUGUGAGUUUUCACCAGAUGGGGCGCUUUUGGCCACCGCCUCCUAUGACACCCGGGUCAUUGUGUGGGACCACCACAAAGCCACCAUCCUUCUGGAGCUCGGUCACCUCUUUCCUCCUCCAUCACCGAUUUUUGCUGGGGGCUCAAAUGACCGCUGGGUGCGCUCCCUGAGCUUCUGCCCUGAUGGACGCCACAUUGCCAGCAUUACUGAUGACCGACUGGUGCGUUUCUGGAGUAUUGAAGAAAGAGCUCCUCAGGCUGUAGCCUCCCUGUCCAACGGCCUUUGCUGUGCCUUCUCUCCUGAAGGAAGUGUCCUUGCUGCUGGGACUCGGGAUGGUGGCGUGCACUUCUGGGAGUGUCCUCGUAGCACUGCCUCGCUGCAGCACUUGUGCAGGAUGGCGCUCAGGCGGGUGAUGACCACGCAGCAGGUGGAGUCUUUGGCCAUUCCCACACCGCUUCGUGACUACUUGUCCUACAGAGUCAUCUGAUUCUUCUCUGCUGGUCCCCCCGCAUCACAAAAAGAUGAAAAUAAAUCACUUAGUCUCUGUAUUGCUCUUUUUAUAAGCUCUAUGCCCGUAAAUAAUUUAAUUUGAUUCAUCCUCUCAAGAUUCUUAGUACACUGUCACAGAUGUUAUUUUGUAUAUAUUUAUUUUUGUAAUUGCUUGUUAAACAACAGUAUGCUUGGGUUAUUAUUGCGCUAUCAAUGCAAUCCUGAAGGUCAACGUUUUUUUCCCCUCUUGUCUCAUCAGUGUCUUCAUCAAUCACCACUUUUAUCUUUGAAGUAUUCACCUCUUCAGGCGCUUUCUGCAAUUAUCAGUAAACACACGAGCAGUCUUAAUCUUUUCCUCUGACUUGAAAUGGCUGUUGCACUUAAGUACAAAGAGCUUUUUGUGGGAAUGUCUUUUUCUUUCCCCUGUUUUCCUGUGGCUGAGAUGAUGCGUGUGAGUUUUCAUAGUUUUACGUUUGUAAAUGUUCUUGUGAAUAUUUAACACGGUCACUUUUUUUUUUUUUUUUAAUAAACGUUCAUUAGCACUAGAACAUGUGGCAGAUCCAUACAUUUUUUACGUCGUAUACACUUACCAGGCAAAAUUUGGGACACACUUUUGCAUCCUGUUGAAUGAGAAUGUCUCCAAGCCUUUGAGCAGUACUACACGUUUAUUUAGAGCAUAUCAGUCAACCCAAGCUACUUUUGAAAUGGGCCGAUUGAGGCCGCUGUCAUGCUUUUUAUUUGCUCUGUGGUGUCUUACGUGAUACAUAUCUGAUACCGGACACAUUUCUUGGACAUGUUGGCUCUGCGUACAAUUGGCUGCAAAUUCCGUGUAAAUCCGAGUGGGUGCCGAGACUGGUGGGGGGGGCAACUGUUCUAUUCUUCACACAGAGCAAAGACACAUUUCCUCCAUUGAGUGUGAGCCACAAUACCCCCCCCCCAAAUGCCUCUGCAACUGCUUUGCAAAGAAAAAUCACCCCCAUAUCGCCACCUUUGUUUAAUCUGUCCUCAAACCAUGAGGUGAUGUGCAUCACAUCCACAGUGCAAAACUUUCUGACUGAUUUGCUUGGUAAAUAUGUCUGCAUGUAUAUUUCAUUUAUUAUGUCAGUGUUUGAUGACCUCUCAUGAGAGUAAAGCAGUUACGUGCUCAAGUGCUAAAUUGUAUACAACUUUUAUAGGCAGUUCCAUGAGGUAUGUAAUAUAUAACUUUAGCUUUUUCACCCAAUGUGUACUUUUCAAUAUUUCUUUUUUUUGUAUCGUUUUCUUUAUAAAUAUGAAAAUAUAUAAGCAAGGUAAUACUCGAGCCAACAUUUUAACGGGCAGAGUGAUGCUGGUAAAUAUCAGCAGCUGAGUGUAUGUACAAUCCACCGUGAAGUUUUAAGAUGCUGCGUUUGCUCAUGUUGGGUUUGUGUGCGUGCAAAAGGAUGUGGCUGAGCUCCGUGUUGUUUCAGUCGGCAGGUCGCUGCAGAGCGGUCGCAUUCUUCUGAGCAAUAAGGUUGCAACACCUAACCUGUGGGAGUACUUGUGACCUUUGGAGUGAGACGUCUCAGUUCAAUGCAGUAUGAAUCGUUGGUUUACUCUGAAUGUAAUUUACUGCCGUUUUAUGAUACCUUUUUUUGUGUUUCAAUAAAGGCUUUUUGAUGAUA